GCCGCCGCCGCCGCCACAGGUCCGGCUGCCCCGCCGACUGCGGAGUCCGGAUUCUCUAACCGCGCCGCCGCCGCUGCCACGGGUCGGGUUCCCAGCGCCGUUCCGGGGCCUCCGCCCAAGCCAUGAAGAUGCAUUUCUGCAUCCCAGUGUCCCAGCAGCGGCCCGACGCGCUGGGGGGCCGCUACGUGUUAUACUCGGUGUACCUGGACGGGUUCCUGUUCUGCAAGGUGCGCUACAGCCAGCUGCAUCGCUGGAACGAACAGCUGAGGCGGGUGUUUGGAAAUUGCCUGCCACCCUUUCCACCAAAGUACUAUCUCGCAAUGACCACAUCUAUGGCUGAUGAGAGAAGGGACCAGUUGGAACAGUAUUUGCAAAAUGUAACCAUGGACCCAAACAUGUUGAGAAGUGAUGUCUUCGUUGAUUUUUUGAAACUGGUGCAGCUGGACACAUUUAGCAUCACUACUGAGAAAGCGUCUCUGGAUAUAUUUCUGCCCGAUGGAAGGAGCAUUAAAGUCGAAAUUCUAACAUCAGAUACUGCCGAAAGAGUCCUAGAGGUGGUAUCACACAAAAUUGGACUGUGUCAGGAGCUGCUGGGAUACUUUGGACUAUUUCUCAUUCGGUCUUACAAAGAGGGCAAGCUGUCUGUCAUUAAAAAAUUGGUGGACUUUGAACUCCCUUAUGUUAGCCUUCGCAGUUCUGAAGUGGAAAACUUCAAGGUUGGACUCAGGAAGUGGUACCUGGACCCAUCCCUCGACUCCAGGCUGAUGGACUGCAGAGCAGCUGUAGAUUUGAUCUACAUGCAGGCAAUACAGGACAUUGAAAAAGAAUGGGCCAAACCCACAGAGGUGCAGAGGCAGAAAUUAGAGGCUCUCCAGAAAGAAGACAACCAAACUAAGUUUUUGGAGCUAUCCCAAGAGGUGUGGCACUAUGGAUACGUGCAGCUGGAUCCCUGUACCUGUGACUACCCAGAACCCGGCUGUGGGACCGUUCUUUCUGUUGGCAAUAAUGAGAUCAGCUGCUGCAUAACCCUGCCUGAUAACCAGACCCAGGAUGUCAUUUUCCAGAUGAACAGAGUGAAGUGCUGGCAGGUCACUUUCCUUGGGACUCUGCUGGAUACAGAUGGGCCCCAGCAAACUCUCAACCAGAACUUGGAGCUCAGAUUUCAGUAUAGUGAGGAGAGUCACUGGCAGUGGUUUGUUCUUUACACCAAACAGGCUUUUUUGCUGAGUAGCUGCUUGAAAAAGAUGAUCUCAGAAAAGAUGGUAAAGCAAGCUGCAGAGAAUCCAGAAAUGCAGAUUGAAGUUCCAGAACAAGGCAAAAGUAAAAAACACCACAGUCAACAAAGCCAGAAAGACUAUUCUAGUUUUCUGCCAAGAAAAAGCAAGAUUAAGACAGCUGAAGUUGACUGUGGUUUGGGGACCAUAAAGGAAGAAGGUCUUUGAAGAGAAAGUCUAACUUUUUAAAAUGUUCUCAAAGGCUGUCUUGACCAUGAGAGAGCUUGGGGGUUGAAAGUAGGCUUCCUACCACCAGUGGAAGAAAUGUGACUCCUUCCCAUUUUUUUCACAUUAAGAUGGACCAUAUUCAUCAAGACCACUUCAGAACUCUGCUCAUCUCAAGAUUAAAGGGAAAUGCAAAAUGAAGUUAUAUAGUUUGUUUUUAGUGACUUAUAUGUGACAAAUGGCAAAUCUGAACCAAUUAGUACAAAGCUCGUUGGGGUUUUUUUUCCCCUAAGAUAGAUAUUUACCUGGCUUCAUGAAACCUUUUAUAUGUUCUGAUAUUGCAUGAAUGAAAGGCUUAAUAUAAAACACUAAAAAUGCAUUUUGGGUUAAGAUCUGAGGGCAUGACUCAUCAGCUGUGGCUCUAAGAAAAGGAAUCAUUGAAAAAGAAAUCUGGACUUCACUAAUCCAUCACCAGAGCAAGCAGUUGAUGAAAUACCGAUUUGUUUCCUUAUAUAAUUCUGAGCCUACCAAUAUGGAUGUGCUCCAAGUAACAGGCUGCCCAGUUCUCUGUUUCUCCACUGUUGUAGUUGUAUUCUGUUCUUAGAAUACUGAAUUCAGCUCAAUAGUCAUGACACUAUUUUGAAUAUUUUUAUUUUGGAAACCAAUGGGGCCCUGCACUUGAUAUCAGAUACCUUAGCUUUAAAACUAUGUAUACCUUUUCUCUAGACUUUUUCUUAUCCAGUUUCAGUUCAUCAUUAAUUAAUAGAAUUAUAUAUAGAACUAAGAUUGCAGUAAGGGAGAGGGACAGAGGAAUCAAUAUAAUUAGGUAAAGUGUGAUAUUAUAAUGUUCUUUUCUAACUGGGUUGUGUAACUAUAUAAUAAAUAUGAAAUAUAUUCUAGUGAACAUAGAAUUUAUUGAUGAAAAUUCUGUGAAUCAUUUUUUGAAGUGUAGAAUCUGUUAAAGCCCUAUAAUAUUUAUAAAGCAAUGUCUCUAGCCAUAACUUCUAGCGCCGUAAAGUUUUAUAUUUAUAUUUUAGGCUGUAGUGGGACAUUUUUGCAAGGGGGAAUCAUAGACAUCCCAGAUCACCCGUGGUGAGUGUAUUAAUGGGCUAGGAUACAUUUUCAGAUUAAAAUAGAAGCUUAUCCUCUA